ACCCACCACCAGUCCUCCAUUUUCACAGACCCCGUUCAUUGCAAAUCCACCUCCUUCGAAAUAACCAAAGCAGAAAAAUGAUGGGCCUGUUUGGAUCAUCAGCAGCCAUGUUCGUCCUCUUGUUUCUCUCUUUCACCUUGUCCUCAGCUUCUGACAUGUCGAUCAUAUCUUAUGAUCAAACUCAUGCUACCAAAUCUAGCUGGAGGACCGAUGACGAGGUCAUGGCUAUAUACGAAGAGUGGCUGGUGAAGCAAGGCAAGGUCUACAACGCUUUGGGAGAGAGGGAGAAGAGGUUUCAGGUUUUCAAAGACAAUCUGAGGUUCAUCGAUGAACAUAACUCGGAGAAUCGGACUUACAAGCUCGGGUUGAACGGGUUUGCUGACCUUACCAACGAGGAGUACCGCUCCACGUACCUAGGUGCCCGUGGUGGUAUGAAAAGGAACAGAUUGCGUAAAACCAGUGAUCGUUACGCUCCACGCGUUGGCGAAUCUUUGCCGGAUUCCGUCGAUUGGAGGAAGGAAGGUGCCGUCGCAGAGGUCAAAGACCAAGGAAGUUGCGGGAGUUGCUGGGCUUUCUCAACAAUUGCUGCUGUAGAAGGAAUCAACAAGAUCGUUACCGGUGACCUCAUCUCUCUAUCGGAGCAGGAAUUGGUGGAUUGUGAUACCUCUUAUAAUGAAGGAUGUAAUGGAGGUCUAAUGGACUAUGCCUUUGAGUUCAUCAUCAACAAUGGUGGAAUUGACACUGAAGAGGAUUAUCCAUACCUUGCUCGUGAUGGCAGAUGCGAUACAUACAGGAAAAACGCCAAGGUUGUUACAAUUGAUGAUUAUGAAGAUGUUCCUGUGAACAGUGAGACAGCACUACAAAAGGCUGUCGCAAAUCAGCCCGUUAGCGUUGCAAUUGAAGCAGGUGGCAGGGAUUUCCAGUUUUACGCAUCGGGUAUUUUUUCUGGAAGAUGUGGGACUCAGUUGGACCAUGGUGUUGCUGCAGUGGGCUAUGGCACAGAAAAUGGUAAAGAUUAUUGGAUUGUCAGGAACUCGUGGGGGAAAAGCUGGGGAGAAAAUGGAUAUCUCAGGAUGGCGCGAAGUAUUAAUAGCCCUACAGGGAUAUGUGGAAUUGCGAUGGAAGCUUCUUACCCCAUCAAGAAAGGCCAAAAUCCCCCCAACCCUGGCCCCUCUCCUCCAUCUCCAGUAACGCCUCCCACUGUCUGCGACAAUUACUACAGCUGUCCUGACAGCAAUACUUGUUGCUGCCUCUUUGAGUAUGGCAACUUCUGCUUUGAGUGGGGAUGCUGCCCACUUGAGGGUGCUACCUGCUGUGAAGACCAUUAUAGCUGCUGCCCACAUGACUAUCCCAUCUGCAACAUUAACCAGGGAACCUGCUUAAUGAGCAAGGACAACCCAUUAGCAGUGAAGGCAAUGAUACGCAUUCCUGCUAAGCCUCACUGGGCUCUUGGAGCUGCAGCCAAGAAGAGCAGUGCUUAGGCGAAGUUAGGUCUUUGAGGCAGUGGAUGAAAGAAUGAGAAAGGGAUGGAAGAGUCAUACGUGUUGUUGAUGCUUCCUUCUUGGUUUAUGAAGCUGCUCAACUUUAUUCAACCAUCAAAAUCAGUAUUAGACAGCUGCUGAUUGCGUACAUACUUCCUAUUUAUCAUGUUGCAUUGAAGACCAGAUAUAUUGAUCAGCUUGCUAUGUCCACUGUAAAUGUUUUCAUCAUUAGCAAAUAUGGAUUUCAUGAUUUGGUUUGUCAUUCCAAUGGUGUACUCGCAGUUCCCAAACCAUAAAAAACUUUUAGCUUUACAUCUGCAUAUUUCAGCUUCAAUGAUAUUUAACCGCCAAAUAUAUCCUGAUAAGUUCCAAUUUCAGGCCA